AGAAAAUCUAAGGUCAGUAGCUUGAUCAUCGAUAUGUAUUCGAAACUCUUUCUCAAAAUGAACAACACAUGACGGAGAAUAAAUUGUUUUCAUGACUUGAGCGAUCUUUUGUUUUGACUGGCAAAGUUUCAUGUAUUGUUCCGAUCUCAAUAUCUCUGCCCUCUCGAACAAAACUAAGAUACAAGAUGAUCGCAGCAAGAUCCCCAAUUCAAUCCUUCCUAUCCUUCUUCCUCAAUAUUCAUCCUCACGAAACCUACUCCGUUUUCUACUCCACCUCUUCUUUCUUCUUUGUAUUAAGUGCGUAUUUUGUGGUUUUGCCAUUACGAGAUGAAGGUGCUAUCUCCUUGGGUAUUGGCAAUAUUCCGGGACUCUUUGUGGGAUCCUUGAUACUUACAUUGAUUGCUGCCCCUCUUUCAACUCUCAUCUUUUCAUUGCCUAAUCUUCCUAAAGCUAAGGCUUUGGUCUUGAUACACAGGUUUUUCAGUGCAAGUCUUGUGCUGUUUUUCAUAUUAUGGGCUUUAUCUUCUCCCGCAAAUACAUUUCCCACCUUCAAGGGUUUCUUCUCUGUCUCAUCCACCAUUAAAGAUGAAAUAAAGGUUGAAACCGAACCUGUUUCCACAAACCCUAGCGAUUGGGACAAGCAUGGAUGGUUUUACAUUUCAGUCAGAAUAGGGUUCUUCUUAUGGGUUGCUCUACUAAAUCUUAUAACUAUAUCUUCAACAUGGGCAAGAGUGAUUGAUGUUAUGGACAAUGAGUCAGGUUCAAGACUGUUUGGAUUUAUAGGUGCUGGUGCUACUUUUGGUCAACUUUUUGGUUCAUUGUUUGCUACAGCAAUGGCCUGGGUGGGACCCUAUCUAUUGCUAUUUGCUGCUGUCUUGAUGGAAUUUGCUGCACAGACAUCUAAAAGGAUCAAUAAGGAUGUAUCUGUUUCUUCUGAAGAAAUGGUUUCUCUCAGAAAAACAAAAGUUGAUGAUCAAGAUGAGAUGAACGAACCAGAUUCAUCGUCUUCUUCACCAAUUGUGUCAACUUCAAAUCUUGAUUCAACAAAGCCUCGAUUUUGGGCUUUACUAGAUGGAUUUUCACUUAUAUGGGCUUCAAGUUAUUUGUUAGUUGUAUCAUUGUUCUUGUUUCUAGGUGCAAUCACCUCUUCCUUCUUCUACUUCCAGAAAGUAACAGUAAUUGCCUCAACUGUUACAACCCCUACUGAAAGAAGACGAUUAUUUGCACAAAUCAAUAGUUUUAUAGCUGUUUUUAUCCUUGCUGGACAGCUUACUUUAACAGGUCGGAUACUUACUGUAGCUGGAGUUACUGUUGCUCUUUGCUCUGCACCAUUUAUAUCCUUCUUGAAUACAAUUACAAUCGCUGUUUGGCCAACUUAUUUUUCAGUUGCUCUCUCAGAAACCAUCCGGAAGGUGGUAACCUAUGUCGUAACUAGACCAGGAAGAGAACUACUAUUCACCGUCGUAUCACAAGAUGAAAAAUACAAAGCUAAGGUAUGCAUAGAUCAAUCUCAAUGGCAAAACGACACAUAUUUCGCUUUAUGCUAUGCCCAUUUCUAUUUUAUGGAUAUUUACGGGAUUUCAUUUGGGUCGUCGACAAACACAACUUGCCAAAUCACAGAAUCUCUCAUUCUCCUAAAAAAAAAGAUGUUUGAAUUUAAUUGUGUAAGAAAAGUUUGGUGAGAACUCACCGAACAUUAUCUCAAAUGGAUCAGAACGAAGCAAACGAAGGCAACGUCAAUUUAAAUGCAAAAUUCCAGAAUUUGACCACCUCUUCAUUAUCUCCCACCGGUUUCUUUUGUAACAUGUAAUUUCAACCACACAACAAAUAUCGGAUUCAUAUAAUAUAUUUUAAGAUAAGUACGAUAUUUAAGGUUGCGUGUGAUUUUUAGAUCAUCCUACGAGUCCCU